CAAAAGAACGGUGAUUUGUAUACAUUGGCUCAAGUAGCACCGUUUAAUUUCUUUUUCCAUGUCUCUGGAUUCUCUAGGUAUCAUUUUUCGGUUAUUUCAUUAAUCCUGACGGAGUUGCAGGAAAACUAAGGAAAGAAGACCUUUGAGAUUCUUGAAAAAAUUAGAGUUUAGAGAUGAAAAAAUGUGAGCUCUGUAAAUAUCCGGCACGAAUGUAUUGCGAAUCCGAUGAAGCGAACUUGUGUUGGGACUGUGAUGUGAAGGUUCACUGUGCCAACUUCCUUGUCGCUAGGCAUCCUAGGAGUCUGCUUUGCCAUGUCUGUCAAUCGACGACGCCAUGGAAAGCUUCGGGAGCAAAGCUUGAACCGACGGUCUCGAUUUGCAAGAGAUGUGCAUAUAACAGUAAUAGCAGGGUUGAGAGAGACGAAGUAGACGAAGAAGGUCAAGGAGCAAAUGGCGGUAACGAUGAGAUUGAAAAAGAACCAGAAGAAUAUGAUGAUGAUGAUGAUGAUGGCGAUGAUAUUGAUGAUGUUGAAGAUGGCGGCGACGGCGACGGCGACGAAGAAGAUGGGGAGAAUCAAGUCGUCCCCUGGUCUUCCACUCCGACUCCACCUGUCACGAAUUCUUCAAUUAGUGAAUGAGUCUUCAAAUAACGGCCGCGAUAGAGUAUGAUUACGGCUACGUGGCUUCCCACUCAAACAAUGAUAGGGCGUUGGUGGAAACAGGAACUGGGUGCUCAAACGACGACGAAGCAACCUCUCGUGGCUCUUUCAGGCGUUUGAAGGACUUAAAAAGAGAACUCCGACGACAACGGCGGCACUUGUCUACUCGCUCGAGAGAUUCCAGCAAGUCGACGGGACUCUCCGGCGAAGAAGCAACCGCCAUGAUAGUCCAAAUCUGCAAAUUAACCAAAAAAGAUUAUGGUGCCGUUCAUAUCGUUUCUACCGAUCAUCUUUAACCGUAAGAUCUGAAUCGAUUUUGUAUUUUCUUCCCUAAUUGAAAUAUCCCAUUAACCAGAAAAUUAUUUAAUUAAUCUUUUUUGUUCGUUCUGGAUUUUGAAAGCCAAGCGUGAAUGUUUAUCCACAGCACACAUCUAACAUGCGCCGGAUCGAUGCGUCCCAUUCCUUAUCUCAGCCCAUAACUUACAAAAAGCUGGUUACUUGUAUGGAGUCAUGAAUUCUCUGUUAUUGCUUUACCGCCACAUGCCCCUUCCACAGUUGAAAGUUCCAUUCCGUUCUCCCCAAGACCCCAACCGGUUUGUGUGAUAUUGAUUGCAUGCCCUAAUUUGUAAUGGUGGACACUGGUCUUCAGUUUAGAAACAUUGAAUUGUGAACAAAUUUUGAAACA